AUGUUCACGGUUGACCUCUCUAGUGCUGGCUGUGGUUGCAAUGCGGCAUUUUACUUGACAUCCAUGUCGUACACACUUGAGAAGACGGAGUGUGGGGACUACUACUGUGAUGCCAUGAGUGUUUGUGGCAUUCGAUGCCCGGAGAUUGACAUCAUGGAGGCUAACAAAUAUGCCUUCCGCUCAACACUUCACUCCGGAGUGUCCAACGAACAGCUUCCCACAGCAGGCUUCGGUGGAGGAGGUUCAAGCUGGACCGGGCCCCGUGACUGGUCAGAAGAACAGUAUGGACCUGGGGCACGCUGCAUCGACACGAACCACCCCUUCCAGGUUGCAGCUCGAUUCCCUGUGGACGAGCAUGGAAAGCUGCGUGCCAUGGAGGUGAUUCUGUUACAGCUCUCGGCACAGAGAAACUGCGAAUUGUUCCUGGAGAUUUCAGAGUACAAGGAUCCCGGCACAGGCGAGGACAUGCUUGAUCUCCUCGGUAGAACCUUGGAGAAAGGCAUGACUCCUAUUGUCAGCUAUUGGAAAUCCCCAACAAUGACCUGGCUGGAUGGGCGUGGCCCUGACGAAACCAGGAUGGGACUUUGUGACCAAGGUCAGGAUCAGAGCCCAGAGUGUUCAGGAUAUGGGCAGAAAGAUGUCGAGUUCUCCUUCUUUUCCAUCAGCGACCUGGCAUAG